GGCAAACGUGACGGUCACCGACCUUGAGGAGCUGCAGGAGCUGUUGCUGGUUAAUAUAGAGAACAACAAACAUCUGGUCACAGGGUCAGUCCGAGCCAAGGUACUGAAAUGGGGUGAAGAUGUAACAGAAUUUCAGCCGCCUCCUGAUUAUAUACUCAUGGCUGAUUGCAUUUACUAUGAGGAGUCGUUGGGACCACUGCUGAAGACACUGAAAGACCUCACUGGCCCCAAUACUUGCGUCUUGUGCUGUUACGAACAGAGGACUAUGGGGAAGAACCCUGAAAUAGAGAGGAAAUACUUUGAGCUGCUUAAGAUGGACUUUGAGCUGGAAAAAAUUCCCCUGGAUAAACACGACGAGGAAUACCGCAGCGAGGACAUCCACAUCGUCAGCAUCCACAGGAAACAACUG